UCUCAAAUCUCUUAUAUAUAUAUAACUCGAAUCGUUCUUAUAAAAUCGUUUUAGAACUUCAUUGUAUAAAAUUGUCCAAAACUGAAUUUCUUCAAAUAUAAUAUUAUUUUCACAGACGUACCGGAAGUCGUUUCCAUGUUUUGUCUUUCUGCGUAACUUGACAGCGGAGGCUAAGAAAGUGACGUUGCAGGAUAAACAAACGGAUGAGGAGAGGGGGGCUGGUGUGUCGUGACAUUUUUGCAAAAUAUUACGAAUAAUGCAGUCUUCCAAGAGGAGUGAGAGUGACUGGCAGGGGCUAGUCAGCGAGUUCUUGGUGUGUAAGCGGAAGUUGGAGAGUAAGAAGGAAGCCCUCCUCAUCCUGUCCAAAGAGCUGGACACCUGUCAGCAGGAAAGAGACCAGUACAAGCUGAUGGCCAACCAGCUGAGAGAACGCCACCAGGGACUCAAGAAGAAGUACAGGGAACUCAUUGAUGGUGACCCCUCUUUGCCACCUGAAAAACGCAAUCAAGUGAACCUGGCUCAGCUGCUGAGGGACUCAAGGGAACGAACAAAACAGCUUGCCGAGGAGGUGAAGGAGCUCACUCAGAGGCUUGCAGAGGCCCAGGGGGAUAACAAGCUCCUGAGGAUGACCAUUACUCGACAGAGGCUGGGGGAUGAAGAGGUCGGGGUGCGUCACUUCCCCGCCCAUGAGCGUGAGGAUCUGGUUUGCAAGCUAGAGAGAGCUGGGCUACAGAUGGAGGAGAUGGAGAACAACAUGAAAGCACUGACAGACGAGCUCCAGGACGUGAAGGCUGAACGCACUGUGUUCAGAGAGAAGGCGGAGCGACUAAAUAUGGAGCUGAAUCAUAUUUUGGGGAACCACGAGGCUCGCAUCAUUGAUGUGGACGCCCUGUGCAUGGAAAACAAGUAUUUACAUGACCGUUUAAAUCAACUGCAAGAGGAGGUGAACCUGCUGAAGUCAAACAUCAUGAAGUACAAGACAGCCCUGGAGAGGAGGAAAAACUCCAGCACAUAUGGGAAAUCAAAUAACAGUCCUCUUACUGGAGUCCUCUCAGCCAAACAAGUUCAAGAGAUGCUUCUGGAAGAGCAGGGCUGCAGUCUACCAGCCACGCCUCAGUCCAUCUCCGACCUCAAGUCUCUCGCCACUGCUCUCCUGGAGACGAUCCAUGAGAAGAAUUUGGUCAUCCAGCACCAGAGACACAGCAACAGGAUCUUGGGAAAUAGAGUUGCAGAUUUGGAAAGGAAGCUGAAGACCUUGGAGGUUUCAGGAUUAUGGAGUCUUCCAGGCUUGACCUACCACGUAUCUGUGGGAAUUGGGAGGACAAGAGACAGUAUCACACUAAAUGAGAACCUUCAGCCAGAGCUCCGUCCUACACGUGUCACGUCUCAGCCAAACAUGCAGCCCAGAGUGCAUCCACCCAAAGUUCUUUUAGACGACAGAAGUUCACAUGAAUCAUCUUGGGAGUGCCACACCGCUGGCGCUGACCUUGGCACAGAUGGUGUCAGCAGGGAAGACGCACCUGCACUGCACAGCAGCCUGGAGACUCUUGACAGGGUGGAGACGAAUGGGAUUGACAGAAGGGGGGGGGAGCUGGUGACCCUUACAGAAGAUGCAGGCGUAGAGCUGGAGGAGGGGCGGAGCCCUGUGGAAGAGGCAGGGCAUGAGAUAGAAGGAGUUGAUGAUGAUGAAGAGCUGGGUUCCACGGUGGAGGAAGGAGAGGAAGCAGCUCUGGCGCUGGAUGUCCCACAAACUGAAUCAGACCUUCGGUGGCUUUCAAUUAAACAAGCUUCUGUCAGUCAUUCGGAGGUGGGUCAGCGGCCCUGUGAAUCCCAGAACAGUGAGUCCGAUAAUGUACCUGAACAUGAAGAAGCCUCUGUGUCAGCUCCAGAGAGCCAGGCUGCAGAGGUGUCGAGUACAAGAGAGUGGGACGUUCAGUGUCCCUCUGCACAGAGUGACUCCUGUCAUAGUGACAACUUGGCAUGAUCCAACCGAGAAGCUUAUUUAAAUCCUCGUCCUUGUCGUCGUUAUUGAUGAUUGCAUUAAUCAUCCACUGUUGCAUUCCCACAACACAGCCAGUGCUCACGAGCUGUCUUCUCCACCGCUUUAGUCAAUAAAAGAGAGAGAAAGCACUUUUUCAGCCACCACUGACAAAGCUCGAAGUGCACUUUGUAUCCAGACAAGCUUGUUGCUGCACAGGAACAGAAAAUCUUCAAAUCGAUGGAGUUGCAAACUUCAUGCCCUGCAGGAAGAAUUUAGCUAGGAAAAUAACAAAUAUGGCAACAUGCGUUCCUAUGCCCCAUAUUUCCUUCUUCCUUUCCCCUGCGAUAAGAUAAUCCCACUUGUUUGCUUUCUUCUUCCUAAGGGAUGUCAAUAAACUGAAUGCUGCAUUUUUUGUCACUCUUAGAUGAGUUCAAAUUCUCAUACCAAAACUUGUAAUGAAUGUGUACAUAAUUGUGAAUUAUUUAAUCUUAAUACCGGAGAUUCUAUUGAUGUCUGUUCAGCAUUAUGGGUGAAUCUUAUUAAUGAGUCCAUUUUUAUUUUUCCAUAUUUAACAGUUGAUUUUUGAACUACACUACAUGUGCCUUAAAUGUGGAACUCGCUGAUAUUUAUAAAUGUAUAAACCUGC